AGCGAGUCCUAUCCCGACGAAUUCGCGUGCCCGAUCAGCUACGAGCUCAUGCAGGAUCCCGUCAUCGCAUCCGACGGGCACACCUACGAGCGGAGCGCGAUCGCGGCGUGGUUCGAGCGGAGGCGCACGUCGCCGAUCACGAACGAGGACCUGCCGAACCUCGACCUCGUACCGGCGCACGCCAUGCGGUCCCUGAUUGCGCGGUGGCUUGAAACGAAU